AUGCGACUGCUAACUUACGACGGUGAAGGCAGCCUCAUCCUAACAAGGAACUUGAUUGGCAACGAUGAGGUGCCGCCUUAUGCAAUUCUCUCUCAUACCUGGGUGGAGGGGCAGGAAGUGACAUUCGACGAGUUCGAGAGCAAGCAAGGGAAAAGCAAGUCGGGCUAUGACAAGAUCGUGUUCUGCGCACAACGGGCUAAGCUGGACGGUCUGGACUACUUUUGGGUUGACACUUGCUGCAUUGACAAGAAAAACAGCACAGAGCUGACCGAAGCUAUCAACUCCAUGUUCAAAUGGUAUCGAAAUGCAAUUGUGUGUUACGCAUACCUUACCGAUGUUCCAGCCGCCCAUUCCUCAUCGACUUCGACAGACCUCCAGAAUAGCAGAUGGUUCAAGCGUGGGUGGACAUUACAGGAGCUAAUAGCUCCGACAUCAGUCCAAUUCUUCGAUAAAAACGGUUCUUUCUUGGGUGAUAGGGUCUCCUUGCAGGAGCAGAUAGCUGGUAUCACAGGCAUUCCGUCUCAGGCAUUGCAAGGGACGCCACUAGAAAUGUUCAAGAUCGACGAGAGGAAGCGUUGGGCUCGGCAGAGGGAGACAAAGCUCGAAGAAGAUCAAGUAUACUCGCUCCUUGGUCUUCUCGGUAUCUAUAUGCCUCUCAUCUACGGUGAAGGCCGUUCAAGUGCGCUGAGGCGGCUCUCCAGAGAGCUUAAGGAGAUCCAAAUUGAGGACAGUGCUGGAAUUCACCAGUUCACCAACAUGCAUUGGAUGUCAAUUCACUGGAAGAUCUAA